AUGCUUUGUCCUAAUCUUUGCGGCAUGGCCAGCUUGCCGGAACGGGCUCUGACCUCUGCCACUCCCAAUGUCUGGAUUGAGUUGGCCAACCCUAAAGACAACGUCUACACAACAUCAGAUGAAGUUCGCGGAUAUAUCAAAAUCGAAGUUGAGCGGGAAAUUCCCCUGGAGAAGAUCGACAUCACACUUGAGGGAAUCUCUUCUACGUCUCUAAGCCGAGCCAUUGCAUUCGUCCCUGGCCGAAAGGGAAUCUUACCAGAACCAACAAACGAAUUGGAUUAUCCCAGGAUUCAAACCCUGCUGCCAGGCCAGCAAUAUCAACUGCCAUUCACUUUCGUCGUUCCCGAGCAGAUUCUGCCCCAAUGUUGCACCCACGAAACUCGGAAUGCUGGUGUCAAGAACGCCCACCUACGUCUACCACCUACUCUCGGAACCGGACCUACUCCGUUCUGGAACCUCCGCUCUACUCCAGACGAUUCCCCAGAGAUGUGCCGUAUUCAAUAUGGUGUCCGGGUCCAAAUGUACGGCAAAUCAUCUCCCGAGCCUAUCUGCGACCUCUCGCAAGAUAUCCGGGUGUUGCCAGCGACUGCGCAAAGCGAAAAGGCCGAUGAUCCCUCAGUCCUCUAUAUGCUCAAGGAGCAGGCUCUCACAUCGGGUCUGGGCCGCCGCGAACAUGGCAACUUGGAAAUCUCCGCCACCAAGCCUACCCCGAUCGACCUUCAAACCACCAAGACUGCUCUGCAGUUACAUCUUCGCUUCGACCCUAUCAAGAACGAACUUCCUCCUCGCCUCUCCUCUCUCAAGUGCAACCUCAACACAUCAACCUUCUAUGCCACCGUUCCUUGGGAAAACUACCCUACCCAAAACGACAUCACCCCGCUGCAAGUCGACCGUGAAGUCUACGAGAAGACCAUGUCCCUUUCCUCUCUAGACCUCUCAUCUGUGAAAUGGGAGAAACUCCCCUCCUUCUCCGCAAUCUACCAAGGAAAGCUCAAGAACGACGACGAAUCCGACGCAUCAUUUAUCCCAAGCGAGGAGCAAAUCGAGUCCUGGGAUCAAUGCAGCUACACGGCAACAGUGACUGUUCCAAUCAUCCUCCCCAGCAAGAAAGACUUCUUGCCAACAUUCCACUCCUGCUCCGUAUCUCGCAGUUAUGCGCUUGAUAUUUCUCUGGGCCACCGCAUGUCUUCGAGUUCUGGCCUCUGCGGCUCUAGUACGAGUUUGAGUGUGCCCGUGGAGAUGGUUUAUUCCGGCAAGCAGUAA